AUGCAAUCCCCCGCGCGCGACGAAACACGCACGUACGACCCGUACGCCGUGUCGCCGCGCGUCGUCUCCAUCGACGUCGAGUGCGUCGCCAACGGCACGACGCACAACGACCGAGCGGUGGCGCAAAUCGCAAUCGUCGACGCGCGCACGGAGCAAACGCUGUUGAACGUGUACGUGAAGCAGGAGAAACCUGUGGUGAGUUAUUUGACCCCCCUCACCGGACUCACCGAGCAGUUGCUCGCCGAGCGCGGGGUGUCGUUCGCGGAGGCGGUGGCGGCGACGAAGAAGGCGCUCGACGCGCGGUGCGUCAUCGUCGGGCAAGGCGUGCUGAAGGACGUCGAACAGUGGCUCGGAUUGGUCAGAGGUGUGGAUUACGGCGAUUUAAUCGAUUUAUGCGGGAUAUGGCGCGUGUUUAACGCGCAGUACAAGUCGUGGAGCGUGUUCGGGCAAGACCAUUUGGUGCGGUGCUUGUUGGCGACGGAGGUGGCGGAGACGCACGACGCCGCGGGGGAUUGCGUGAAAUCUGUGCGGUUAUACAGGCAUUGGUACGCGUUGAAGGACGACGACGAGAAGUUGGCGUGCGAAAAGGCAAAACUGUUAGCCAUCGCCCCGGAACCGAGCUUUUCGAAGCGAUUUCCUAGCUUCGAGGGAGUGUGCCAAGGGAAUCGUCGGACGUGCGUUUGCAAGGCGCCGUUUUUUUCAUAG